AUGGUCACUGUUUACGCAUCUUAUAACCAAAAAUUAGCUAUAAUUCAUGACCAGUCCGCCAAGGGGAGAAUGAUCUAUAGGAAUCAAAGUUCCAUGGCCACAAAGGUUCCCCGGCUCAUUAGGUUCAAAUUCAAUCAUGAAGAUCGCUUUCCAGAAGAUUUCCUGACUGGACUGACGAGCUGCAUACGAAAGGUAUCGAUCUGGCAACGACAACGGUCAAGAGGACGUGUAACAUGUGUUCUAAUCACUACAAAUUCAAUUGAUAUAUCCUAUUAUUCGCAGCGCAAGCUUUGA